AUGCGAUUCGGAAAGAAAGGGAAGCUCAGUCCUAGGUACGUUGGACCAUAUAAGAUUAUUCGGAAGAUUGGUAUAGUGGCAUACGAGUUUGAUUUGCCUUCAGAAUUGGAAGCAGUUCAUCCUAUAUUUCAUGUUUCUUUGUUGCGGAAGUGCAUUGGAGAUCCUUCACGUAUUAUGCCCAUUGAAAAUAUUUGUAUCGCUGAGGAUUUAUCUUAUGCAGAGGUACCAAUAGCGAUUUUAGAUCGGCAAGUAAGAAAGCUUCGAAAUAAAGAUGCAGCUUCUGUGAAAGUGUUAUGGAGAAAUAACAACGUUGAGGAAAUGAGGAAUGAGUACCCCCAACUGUUUACGACUUAA